AUGCUCAUAAAGAUGCCAGUACUUCAGGGAGGUACAGUUGUUGCGACUCUGGGCAGCCCCAUCAAGAAGAAUAAGUUGUCCCUCAAGUUUUUCCAUAAAAAGGAAACCAAGCGAGCUUUGGACUUUUCUGAACCUCAACCUGAUGAACCUAAAGCGGAGGAGUCAGUGGAGCAGGAGCCAAGCAGCUGUGAUCAGGUCUUUGGGCCAUCACCAUGUCCAUCUUCUCCCAGCCACGUUUUAUCUCUGGAGAAGAAGGAAAACCUUGUCCCAUUCAUUGGCUUCAACAAUUUAGGAAACACCUGCUAUUUGAACAGCGUGCUGCAGGUUCUAUCCCACUGUCCAGGACUUCGAGAAGGCAUAAAGAGCCUGUACAGUCUCUCUAAAAAAGAAAAGGCGAAGGAUGAAAGUGUGAACACUGAAGAGACCGAAGAGGAGAGCGUUCCACCUUACAUAGAUCUCCUCUGCAGCUUCAAUAACCUCAUCACAUCAGUGGAGGAAUUACAGUCCAGCUUUCUGCUCAACCCCGAUGGCUUCACUGAGGGAGACAUGGCCACGCCUCCUCGCAAAAUACUCAAUACUCUCAGGCAACUUAACCCCAUGUAUGAAGGCUACCUCCAACAUGACGCACAGGAGGUGCUGCAGUGCAUCCUGGGAUAUCUGCAUGAAGCCUGUGACACCAUAAAGAAAGAACAAGAACUGGUGCAGAACGCAGAGCCUGAGGUGAAACAGGAAAACACUACAGCAGAAGAGGAGGCCCAGGAAGAGCAGAGCGGGAGCAGCAUACAAACUCGCUCCAAGAGGAAGUCUUCAAGCGAGGCUCCGAUUGAGCCGGUUCAAGUUAAGAACGAGGCGCAGGAGACCACAGAUACUGACAAGACGAGCUCAGAGCAGGAGAACGAGGCAGACAAAGCUGCUAAACCAGAGAAGGACAGCAAAACCAAGAAGAGAGCCAAGCUGGGCUGGCUCAGGCCUUCCAAGAAGCAACCUAGCAUCUUCUCAAAGUUCCGCAGCGUGGGGCGGAUCAGCUCGACCAAGACCUCAGGCAAUGCUGAAGGCGAAGAGAAGCCUGAGGAGGAGAGCACCGAGGCCCGUCAGGAGAUCAAGGCUCAAGAGGAUUCUCCAAAGACUCACGGUGUGUUGGAGCUGAUGGAGCGGCUGUUCCAAGGGCAGCUGGUCCUGAGGACGCGCUGUCUGGAGUGUGAGAGCUUCACUGAAAGGAGAGAGGACUUCCAGGACAUCAGUGUGCCUGUGCUGGACGAGCAGCCCAGUAGCCCCGACGACCUGUCUGAAGUCUCUCCAGAUCCCAAACCAGACCUAAAGACCCUGAACUGGGCAAUCGGCCAGUUUGCUUCUGUGGAGCACAUCUUUGGAGAAGACAAGUACUUCUGUGAAACGUGUCAUCACUACACUGAGGCAGAGAGGAGUCUGCUGUUCGACAAGACUCCAGAGCUCAUCACCAUUCACCUCAAGCGCUUCUCUGCCAACACGUUAGACGUGGACUUGUACGCCGGCCUCUCCAAAGACAACACGCCGCUGCAGACGCCCCUGACGCUGUGCCUGGACGAGUGGUGCACGCAGCGCUCGGCUGAACACGGCCAGAACUACGAGUUGUUCUCCGUGGUCAUGCACAGCGGCGUCACCAUCAGCAGCGGCCACUACACCGCCUACGUGCGCAUGUCCGACCUGCGGGACGUCAAGCUCCGGCGAGACCAGCCCCCCGAGCACGCCAAGGCAGAGACAGACGACAAACCGACGGAGAAACGGCUCAAGGACGAAGACGAAGGAGAGGUGUUUGUCCCUCGAGCGCAGAGAGGCAGCGCCGUGGGGAAAAAGGCUUCUGAGGGGGGGAUAGGGCUUUUGGGAGGACAGAGGAGCGUGGCGGCGUGCGAUCUCAAACAGGACAAAGCCGUGGCGGAAGGGACCAAGAGGAGGAAGACCGUCGGGAGCGAAAUGGGACUUAAGAAAGCGGCCAAUUCACAAGAGGCGACAGAGGUGCAGGCGUGCGGCGACAAGGCCUCAGAGAGCAAGGCCCUGAGCAGGCUCUCGGAGUACGAGGGGAAAUGGAUGCUCUUUGACGACUCGGAGGUGAGAACUCUUUGA